AUGACGGGGAAGUUAGGGUAUGGCUUGCGUAGCUGUCCUAGUUAGCCACAUGUAGUGUGAAGCUGUUCGCUAGCACUCUGGAGCAAGAGUCCUGCUAGCAUUCCAAGGCAUAUAAACGACAAUAUGGUUUUUAAAUGGCUACAGGAUGCGUGAAUAGGCUUGCCAUUUAUUUUGGUCUUUUUUAAAAUUAGAUAACCUUCACUAGCGUGGAUAUUAGGUGCAUCCACCAGUCAUUAACCUACUGCAGGACAAAAGUUGGUAUUUGUAAAAGAUCCAAAUGGAUAAAAAUACACGGAAAGUUCGGAAUCAGGACAUUAACCCAUGCAUCGAAGAAACUGAUGCCUCACAGAAGUGUUUGGAAGCCUACAACUAUGAUAAGAGCAUGUGUUCAGCCUAUUUCCAGACAUAUAAGAACUGUAGGAAAUAUUGGCACAACAUAAUGGUGCAGAGGAGAAGAGACGGUGUGAAACCUGACAUGCCCACUGCUGCAGAGAGGCAGGAGCUGCUCGCUGCUAUCGGAGGCAAACCAUACUGACAGUCAGCAUUGUCAAAUGAAGGGGACAUUUUCAACAAAUGUGAAAAUAAUGGUGAAGACAAAGGCAACAUAGGUCACCAUGUUGUUGGUGCUUUUGCUUUUUGUUAUGAAAUGCCCUCCUUUUGUUUCCUUGCUGAGCUGCAAUGGAGGGAUGAAUUUCAAAUUGAAAAGGUAUGUAAGUAAUCUGUGGCUAACAUGAAGCCUCAUGUUAGCCACAGAUGAACUUUACAACAUAUUGUUACACUGAAUAAGAACUGGAUUUCCCAUCACUUAUGUUGGAGUCAUGCUUAGAAGGGAUCGCUUCACAGCUUGUAUGGACAAAGGGAUGAUUACAGUGACCACGGAAAUGUGAACCUAUCUUUUAAAACUACAAACAAGUUCUAAGCACUGUCUAGUGUAUCACAAUGUUCUUUAAUGAUUUUUUUCUAUAUUAUAAAGAAUUAAAUGAUUUAAACAGCA